CACUUACUGUUCUUAUCCAUGACUAGAAAGAAGGUGAAACUCGCCUACAUCACCAAUGACUCGGCGAGGAAAGCCACGUUCAAGAAGAGAAAGAAAGGACUAAUCAAGAAAAUAACCGAGUUGAGCACCCUCUGCGAUAUCGACGCGUGCGUGAUAAUAUACAGCCCUUAUGAUGCUCAACCGGAGGUUUAUCCUUCGCCUUUGGGACUCCAACAAGUCCUGGCCAGAUUUAAGAAGAUGCCGGAGAUGGAGCAGAGCAAGAAGAUGGUGAACCAAGAGUGCUUUCUCCGACAGCGGAUCGCCAAGGCCAACGAGCAGCUGAAGAAGCAAAGGAAGGAUAACAGGGAGAAAGAGAUCACCCGGCUGAUGUUCCAAAGCCUGACGGGCGCGAAAGGUCUGCAAGGUCUGAGCAUAUUGGACCUCAACGAUCUCGGCUGGUUGAUUGAGCAAAACCUCAAGGAGAUCAACAGGAAGAUGGAGAGGAUUGGCGGCAGGCAGAUGCACGAGAGCAAGCCGCGCCCGGGGAUACUGGCGAUGCAUGCGGCGGAGAAAAAGGCAAGGAGUGAUGUAGAGGCGGAGAUCAGGGCUCCUCCGGGGUUUGAGGCCAAGCCACAAUGGUUCAUGGAUUUGAUGAACCAGGCGCAUGAGCAGCAGCAACAUGUUGGAUUUGGCGCUGGUGGGGAGGAGCUGAUGCUGCCGCACUUUGGAGAUCAGAAUAAUGGUCAUUGGUCCAAUGGGUUUUACCAUUGA